CUCCACACACCACACACAAUGCUUUGAAAUCAGUGGCCGAAGGGUCGCGCCUUUGUAAGUGCCUUGCGUUGCACACCUCAUCAUUGAGCAUCCACGUGCAUACUGUACUAUAAAUGCGACUGAUCUACCGCAUGGUCCUGAUUGCACUUACGAUCUUCAUGUUAAAGUCACCCUUGAACAGGCUUUACCAGACCUCCCGACACUUCCUUCCAGCAGUCACAACACGCACGAUGUCUUCUUCAGAGCGACCUACCGGUCUCAUUGCAAAAUCUGGAAUCGAGCUACUUACCUGGGGCACCCCAAAUGGACACAAAGCUUCGAUCAUCCUGGAGGAAUUGAAGGCUGCGUAUGGAAAGGACUAUGUCUGGCAAGGUAUCAACAUCAGUGAAAACGUCCAGAAGGAGCCUUGGUUCACAAAAUACUCUCCCAAUGGACGAAUCCCAGCCAUUGUCGACCAUGACCGCAAUGACUUCUCUGUUUUCGAGGGAGCUGCGAUCCUCGCAUAUCUUACGAGACAUUAUGAUCCGGAGCACAAGUUCUCGUUCACGGACUCGGAUGAUCUGAGUCGAUGCGAGCAGUGGAUUUCCUGGCAACACGGAGGUCUUGGCCCCAUGCAAGGGCAAGCAAACCACUUCUACCGUCUCGCCAAAGAGAGAAUCCCCUACCCCACCCAACGCUACGUCGGCGAGACGGAGCGACUAUAUGGUGUCCUCGACCACCAGCUUCAAGACCGGGAGUACCUGGUCGGGCCAGGCAAGGGCAAAUACAGUAUUGCGGACAUAGCGAAUUUCGGAUGGGUCAACAUCGCAUACUUCUCUGGCGUGGAUCUCUCCAAAUUCCCGAACUUGGAGAAGUGGUGGAAGAGGGUUCAUGAUAGGCCUGCGGUGAAGAAAGGCACAUCUGUGCCGACCGAGAGCAAGAUAGCAAAUGCAGCGUAUCAGAGACGGCUGAAGGAAGAGCCGGAGUUCAAGGAGAAUGAGGAUAAGUUGAAGGAGCUGGGGAAUAAAGCGAAGGAACAGUAUAGUUACAAGUAUGUGUCGCCGUAAAUAGGGCUGGAGAUACCCCACCCUGCAGUUAUAUGAAUAUGAUCCACUUUCCAAUCGGACUCGGUGCACAAACACUUCAAGCCACAAGCUGAUGAACCGGUUCCAAUUGGGUGAAUUGCAAGUUUAUAUAUGCCUGGUUUUUCAACGCUGGGCGAGUGCUUGAUGCUUGCGUUUGAUGUUUGCAAAUGCAGUAUUACUUUUGCCUAUGCUAUUCUACUGCCUCUUCCUUCGCACACUAUUGAACAUUCUACAGAGUCCGGAACGUUCCAAGCCUUCCUUCAACCUCUGUUAUUUCACUGGUUCUUCAUUAGCAGACUAGCGAAUAGUCUUAUAGAGUCUUGGAAUGUUCCAAGCAAAAGUGCCUGUGUUGUGCGCCGGACUGAAAUCGACAUCUACGAGCAAGGAAGUAAUGAGGUAGUGGGAAAGUAAAGGGAGAAGGCUAGACUUCGGUCUGACUUAUCCGAUUAGCGACGGUAGAUUUUCGCUUGAG